AUGCUGAGAGCCAGGGGUGCUACUAGAGGCGUAUUCGCUCAUACUCGAACCCAUGCAACGCAGUUCGCUGGUGCAAGGAUAGGUUUGGCGAGAAAAGCAACAUUAGCAACAACGUCCAGACACAUCCGCAACGUCACCACGCUCGUGUCUUCCGAGACGCGUCCGCUCGUAUUCGAUGCACAAGAUUCGCCCUGUGCUGAACUCGAGCGCGAGCAUGCCCGCUUACUACGCGUCAUCAAGAAGAAGGCAGAGGAACGGGAUGAACUCCAAGCAGCGCUCACCGAAGACCAGUCUUCGCCGGAAGAUGUACCGAAACUCAAGCGCAUACGAGAGCUGGAGGGGCUAACCGAAGCUUGGCAAAAAUACCUGGAGAAACGCGAGUACCUCCGCGAGACUGCAAGAUUACUCACUGACCCUGAUGAGACGAUGCGGACGAUGGCGGCGGAGGAGCAAGAGGCGCUUCUCAGUUCGCUCAUGGAGGACCUCACGGAGACCUUUCCAGGGCUACUCGUACCCAAGUCUGAGACUGCGCAGAUGGGCGCAUUGAUAGAACUGAAGUCCGGCGUAGGAGGCUCGGAAAGUUCUCUCUUUCUGGCGGAGAUCAUGCGGAUGUAUAUGCGUCUUGCGGAGCGGAUGGCUUCUCCGGGCGGUAAGAGGUGGAAAGCAACACCGGUUGCCGUGAACGAGACGGAAAACGGUGGAGUGAAGGACGCAAUCGUGGAAGUCAAAGGCAAGCGAGGGAGCGUACGAUGCGUUGAGAUGGGAAAGCGGCGUACACAGGGUCCAGAGAGUGCCGGCUACGGAAGUGAGCGGCCGAGUACACACAAGUACCGUCGCGGUGCUGCUGACGAGGCCGACACAGUCCAGGAGGACGAUUUGUUCCGUAUGGAAGAUGUAAAAAUCGAGGUGAUGCGGUCGAGAGGAGCUGGCGGACAGCACGUUAACAAAACAGAAUCCGCUGUAAGGUUGACGCAUAUUCCGACGGGAAUCACCGUAUCUAUGCAGGACGAGCGUAGCCAACACCAGAAUAAGCGCCGCGCGUUUCAAGUGCUGCGUGGAAGGCUCAUGGAUCAAAAGCUGAUGCGCGAUAUGCAAGAGCGCAGGGCAACAAGGCGGCAUCUGGUCCAAACUAUGGACCGGUCAGAAAAGAUCAGGACGUAUAACUGGGCACAGGACCGCGUGACAGAUCACCGAAUCGGCCUCUCUAUCAAGAAUUUGCCGUCGGUCAUGGAUGGAGAUUCCCUGGAAGACUUCAUCGUCGCACUGAAGAAGAAUUAUCAGGAGGGCCUCAUGGAAGAUAUGUUAGAGGAUAUAUGA